CAUUUUGUCUCUGUCACUCCGGCGGCAGCCCGAGCGAGCGGUCGGUCGGGGACGCAGCGACGGGGUGAACGCAGUGGUGCUUGGCAAGGGGCCACUCGGGCAUCAGGACACGAUGAUAUCGGCCGCCCAGCUCCUCGACGAGCUCAUGGGCCGGGACAGGAACCUGGCCCCCGACGAGAAGCGCAGCAACGUGCGGUGGGACCACGAGAGCGUUUGUAAAUAUUACCUUUGUGGGUUUUGUCCAGCUGAAUUAUUUACAAAUACCCGUUCUGACUUGGGUCCAUGUGAAAAAAUUCAUGAUGAAAAUCUGCGUAAACAAUAUGAGAAGAGCUCUCGUUUUAUGAAAGUGGGCUAUGAAAGAGACUUCUUGCGAUAUUUACAGAGCUUACUUGCAGAGGUAGAACGGAGGAUUCGAAGAGGGCAUGCUCGUUUGGCGCUGUCACAGAAUCAGCAAUCAUCAGGUCAGGCAGCUGGACCUACUGGUAAAAACGAAGAGAAAAUUCAGGUCUUAACUGACAAAAUCGAUGUACUUCUACAACAGAUUGAAGAAUUGGGUUCUGAAGGAAAGGUGGAAGAGGCACAAGGAAUGAUGAAACUUGUUGAACAGUUAAAAGAAGAGAGAGAGUUGCUGAGGUCUACAACUUCAACAAUUGAGAGCUUUGCAGCUCAAGAAAAGCAAAUGGAAGUUUGUGAAGUCUGUGGAGCCUUUUUAAUAGUAGGAGAUGCACAGUCCAGAGUGGAUGACCACUUAAUGGGAAAACAGCACAUGGGUUAUGCCAAAAUUAAAGCUACUGUAGAAGAAUUAAAAGAAAAGUUAAGAAAAAGAACUGAAGAACCUGAACGUGAUGACAAGUUAAAAAAAGAGAAACAAGAGCGAGAAGAGAGAGAGAGAGAGAGGGAACGUGAAAGAGAAGAGAGGGAAAGGAAGAGACGACGUGAGGAAGAAGAAAAGGAAAAAGAGAGGGCACGUGACAGAGAAAGACGUAAGAGGAGUCGUUCUCAUAGCAGACAUUCAAGCAGAACAUCUGACAGAAGAUGCAGCCGGUCACGGGACCACAAAAGAUCAAGAAGCAGAGAGAGAAGGCGAAGCAGGAGCCGAGAUCGACGAAGAAGCAGAAGCCAUGAUAGGUCGGAAAGAAAACAUAGGUCUCGCAGUCGGGACAGGAGACGAUCAAAAAGUCGGGAUCGGAAAUCAUACAAGCACCGAAGCAAAAGCAGAGAUCGAGACCAAGACAGGAAAUCUAAAGAAAAAGAAAAGAGGGCAUCUGAUGAUAAAAAAAGUAGUAUGAAGUCCAGUAGUCGAGAAAAACAGAGUGAAGACAGAAAUACAGACUCGAAGGACAGUGAUACUAAGAAUGAGGUCAAUGGGACCAAUGAAGACAUUAAAUCUGAAGUGCAGCGUAAGUAUGCACAGAUGAAGAUGGAGCUAAGCCAAGUAAGAAGACAUACUAAAGCACCUUCUGAAGGAAAAGACAGUGUAGUCCUGCAAAACAUUUUGAGGUACAUUGUUUUGUCUCAGCUAUUUUGUAGCAGACUCAUGCCCCCAUUAGUGUGCCUCUUUGGAACAUAUUUGUAAUAUAGUCUCCAUAGAAAAUUUAAUUAUCCUUUUUUUUUUUUAUUUUUAGGGAUUUUGUCGUUUUUUAAAAAAAAUGAACUGUUUUUGUAUUUAAGUCCAUAUUGUGUUGGUACAUCAGCAGAAACAUUUGCUUUAAUACUUAAUAUUUCUGAGGCACAUGUUGGACUACUUUGUUUUUAUAUAAACUGCUAGUAUUUCUUUGUCAAGGAUGUUUCUAGUUUUUUUGCUUUAUUGCCUUGCAUUCUAAUGCAGUUUGUUCUGUAACUCGAGAGCCAGUAGCAUUGGAUUGAUGGAAGUGUAGGGUUUAUGAAUUAUUGCAGCUGACUACCAUACCUCACACAGCGUUGGUGUUGUGAGCGGCCCAUGAAAAGCCAAAUUAAAAAUCAAGGAUUCAGUCAAACUAAGCAGGUACUCAUGCCAGGUACUCCUUUCUCUACCCACAUCCAUGUUUGAAUGCUGUUGCCUGUAAUCUUUAAGCUUACUGUUGUGUUUUUAUUUACAAGAAAGUGAAAAGGAUUUUUUGUAUAUUGUGUGAAAACUAUAAAUCUGAUGUUAACAGAAUGGAAUUUUCUUUCAACUGUGUGUAGGGAUGCAGUGCUGCCCAGAAUUAGAUAUCUUUAAGAGUUUUAAAUGCAAUAAAUACUACAUAAUAAUCGCCUUGUUACAUUCAAUGCAAUUCAAGUCUUUAAGAGGUAUGUGUUUAAUGUUUCCUACUGUGUAGGAGAAUUUGCAGUCAGCCAUAGUACAGAGCAGUAUAAUGGCUGAUUCCAGACUUGUAAGGCAAAUGUAAAUACAAAGGCUGAUGCCUAAAAUUUGUAGUAAUAUAUGUCAAGGAUGUAUGCUGACAAUUCUCAUUAUGAAGAAACUAAACAUUAGGAAAUAUAUAUAAUGUAUUAAAAAAAACUUUAAAAGUUUUUCCAUUCUUGACCUAACUUAAGCUUGCAGAAAUGGUUUUUGAUGUAUUCCUAAAAUAAGGAGCUAACAUUGGAGAAGACAGCUGUUAAAUUAGCUACUUGCAAUAUAAACUAUUAGUAUAGUUUCAGUAUUUACGCUAUGAACUCUUAAACACUUAAGGGUUAAUCAUUAGACCAUUAAGAUUGCGUUAUUGCUCUGGAGCCCCUAAUUUUCAAUAUUGACGUUUUAAUAGAGUAAGAUGACAGCUGAGAACUGGGCCAAUAUUUAGAAAUGGCAAACUAACCUUGCUUUACGUUGUCUAAUUGUUUGCUUUCCCAAAAUUUUGCAUUAUAGGACUACCACAUGAAGAAUCUGCGAAGAAUUCGGAAGACAGCUUGCAAUGAAGAUCUGCUUUAAAUGAGGUGAAAGAAAGCUGUAGUGGCAUAGAAAAAUAUAAAGUUCAGUUAGAUUUUUUUUUUUAUAAAAUUAAUUCAGGACUGUUGUUACCUCCCAGCGUGCAGAGGGAGGAGUUAAUAAUAUACAUGCCACUGAGAAUAUAAGUCGUGUAUCAUUUUUUUUUCUUUAAGACUUUUUAAGAUAAGAAACAAACAUAACAUGAACCCAUGGCUUGCUCAGUGUUUAUUUGCAAGAUUUCAUUCUUGGACUUUGAAACACAAGAAUAAAUGUUUAGUAUUUGUGUGAAUUAAACUAAAUUGAAUCCCAUUUUUACAACUAGGAUAUAUCUAGCUGCUUGAUAUACCAGAAAUACCAGAAAUGGAAAUAAAGUAUCUUUGAAUUUCUGUUACAAAUUUGAUUGUCUGUCAUUAAACAUUUAGUAUUAAAUACACUUUUUUCACUAAUAAAUCUAUUCAUGUCUUCAA